UCCCUCUCAUGUAUUCUGUCACUGUGUGAGUUCAGGAAAAUGGCUGAGGCAAGUGUUUCAGUAGAUCAGGAUCAGUUCACCUGUUCAGUGUGUCUGGAUCUCCUGAAGGAUCCGGUGUCUCUCUCCUGUGGUCACAGUUUCUGUAAGGUGUGUAUUAAUGGCUGCUGGGAUCAGGAGGAUCAGAAGGACAUCUACAUCUGUCCUCAGUGCAGAGACACUUUCACACCAAGGCCUGUUCUACGCAGAAACAACAUUCUGGCUGAAGUGGUGGAGAAACUGAAGAAGACAGAAGUCCAAGCUGCUUCUCGUGCUCACUGUUACGCUGGACCUGGAGAUGUGGAGUGUGAGUUCUGCACCGGGAGAAAACACAAAGCCAUCAAGUUCUGUCUGAUGUGUGUGGCUUCAUUUUGUGAAACUCAUCUCAAACCUCACUAUCAAGUUCCUGGAUUAAAAAAGCACAAGUUAGUCGAAGUCUCUGGAAAUCUACAAGAGAAGAUCUGCUCUGAACAUGAUGAAGUGCUGGAGAUCUUCUGUCGUUCUGACCAAAGCUUCAUCUGUUAUCUGUGUAUGAUGGAUAAACACAGAGGUCAUGACACAGUCACAGCUGCAGAUGAAAGAACUGAAAAACAGAAUGAGCUACAGGAGGAGCAAAUGAAAUUCCAGCAGAGACUCCAGGAGAAGCAGAAGAAGGUGCAGGAGCUGAAACAGGCUGUGAACACUAUAAAGCUCAGUGCAAAAAUAGCAGUGGUGGACAAUGAGAUGAUCUUCAAUGAGCUGAUCAGCUCCAUGGAGAAAAAGCGCUCGAACGUGAGGGAGAUGAUCAGAGCUCAGGAGAAGGCUGAACUGAGUCGAGCUGAACGACUCCUGGAGCAACUGGAGCAGGAGAUUGAUGAUCUUCAGAGGAGAGUCACUGAGAUGGAGAAGCUUUCACACACACAUGAUGACCUCCAUUUCCUCCAGGAAAUAAAGGCUUUAGUCUCUGGUCGUCAAUCUCUUCCAUACAAUAGACCAGAUUUUCAGUCUGAUCUCUGUGAGGAUUCAUCCAGCAUCACUUUCAAUCAACAUCUCUCAUUUCAGCGAGUGAGGAAAUCUCUCUCUGAUCUGAAAAAGAGACUCGAGGAAAUCUGUCAGGAGGAAUUCAUCAAAAUCCCUGAACAUGUUGAGGACUUUCAGAUUUUACCCUUAGAGCCGAACAGCAGAGACGAGUUUCUAAAAUAUUUCUGUGAUCUGACUCUGGAUCCCAACACAGUAAAUUAUCACCUCGUUCUGUCCGAGGAGAACAGAGAGGUUUCAUGUAGUGUGAGAAGUCAGCGAUACUCUGAACAUCCAGAGAGAUUUGACUGCUGCAGUCAGGUUCUGAGUAAGGAGAGUGUGUAUGGACGCUGUUACUGGGAGGUGGAGUGGAGCAGUCAGAGACACGUGUUAAUAUCAGUCUCAUAUAAAGACAUCAGCAGGAAAGGUCGGGGUAUUGAGUGCUGGUUUGGAGGCAACAAUCAGUCCUGGAGUCUGGAAUGUUCUCCUUCUUCUCUCUGUUUCUAUCACAACAACAUUAAGACUGAUCUCAGAGUUCCAUCAUCCUCCAGAAUAGGAGUGUAUGUGGAUCACAGUGCAGGAACUCUGUCCUUCUACAGCGUCUUUGAUACCAUGAAGCUUCUCCACAGAGUACACACCACAUUCACUCAGCCUCUAUAUGCUGGGAUCUGGCUCUACUGGGAUGUUUUGUAUGAAUCAGAAUCAACUGUGAGGUUGUGUGAUCGAAAAAAAUAAUAUGUUUGUGGGGUUUUAUGGUCAAUAAUUCUAAACUCUUUGAACUUUUCCUUAUUAAUCAUCAAUUGUGUUCUAGGAUCAUCAGUUACUUAUAAAGGAAAUGAAACUGUAAGUUCUCAUCAUAUUGAUUUAUAUAAAAGUUCUUCUGAUUUCUGAAAUUAUUUUAGCAGAAUGUCUGACAAAUCCCUGACUGUACAAAUACUGAGGACUUGACAACUUGCUGUC